GUUCUGAACUCCAUGCCAAAUCCCAUCAAAUCCAACUCCCCUGAUUUACGCCACUUCUACUCUUUAGAUUUGAUCACUCUCUCACGGACUCGAAUUUAAUUUUUUUUAAAAACCGCCAACCCUCAAUCUUUGUAUAUAUAUAUACACAUUACUUGUUCCCGCUAAACUACAAACAAAAACUUCCCCUGGAACACAACUUACAACUUUUUCAUAUACUACUAAAGAGCAAUUUAGAGAAAAUCUCAUCCCAACAAAAAGUAAAAAUCCUUGUAGUUCCGGAGAAUCCAAUAAGUGAUCAAUGGCAGUAACAACGAGUUCGAAUGCCAGAACAAGCACUGAGGUUUUGAUCCCGAAGAAAUGGAAUCACAAGGAGACUUCUUCUUCUCCUGAGAGAAAUAUCAUUUGGAUUGAACCAAAGCUUAAUAAAGCUUUAAAAAGUGUUCCUGUUAUCUAUUAUAUCUCCAGAAAUGGACAACUUGAGCAUCCGCAUUUCAUCCAAGUUCCUUUCUCUUCCUCUGAUAACGGACUGUAUCUCCGAGAUGUGAUAAAUCGGUUGAAUUUUCUGAGAGGAAAAGGCAUGGGUUAUUUGUUCUCUUGGUCCUGCAAGCGGAGUUAUAAAAAUGGAUAUGUAUGGCAUGAUUUAUCGGAGAAUGAUUUGAUUCAUCCAACGAACGGUCAGGAUUACGUUCUGAAAGGAUCGGAGCUUCUAGAAACUUCAAUCAGUUCUCGAUUUUGUGAAAUUUCGUUACCUGAAUCGCAGAAAUCUUCCGAUGAAAAUCGCGAUUCUUCUUCUUCAUCGACUACGACAAGGAGGAGGAAUCAGUCGUGGAGUUCAUUUGAGAAUCCUCAACAAGAGUACAGGUUAAUGUACAAGUGUGAAUCAGGCCGAGAAAUCGCCGGAAAAUUCAUGUCGACAGCAGCGGCGGCAGAUGCCGCGACUCAGACGGAGGAGAAACGGAAGGAGAAGAAGAUUGCGGAGCUGAGCAGAGAAGAUUUGUCUCCGCCGCCACCAUCGAUGUCUAGCUCCGACGGAAUAGACGGUGGGGAUGGAUCGAAAGGGGUUAGUGUUGGAGAUCAAACGUCUGAGAAUGAGUUUAGCAGUGGUAGAAUGAGUGCUUCUCGAGUUGUGAUGCAGCUUAUCACUUGUGGAUCGUCCACUUCAGCUGUUCGAAGUUAGAAAUUUUAUUAAGGAGGUUAAAAAUAUAAAUACACUAAGAUAUUGAAGGUGAUUUAAUAAAAAGUAAUUUUUAUUAUGUAUACAUUGUAAAUUUUC